AUGGCAACAUAUAUCCAUCCCUUUGACCCGCUGCGGCCUGAAGAGAUCAGCCGGGCCGCAGACAUUGUACGGCCCGCAUUCGAUGGCCAGGGUCUCAAUUUCCGAGUAAUCACUCUCAAGGAACCGCCCAAAGCUGAGAUGAUGGACUUUCUCGAGCGUGAGCAUCGCAAUGAGGCGGAGAGAAGGAGGCCCUCGCGCUGCGCACGGGUCGAAGCGCUGGUCAAGCCUCAAGCUGGCAAACACGAAUUGCAUCAACUCUUUGUCAAUCUCGAUGAAGGCAAGAUUAUAGGACAGAAUCAUCUUAUCGGAAAGCAUUCAUAUAUCGAUGCGGCAUACAUGAAAGAGGUAGAAGCUGUCUGUCUAGCUGAUGAGCAAGUGCAGGAGGAGAUUCGCAAGCUAAAUCUCCCGCCGGGAUCAACGGCAAUUGUUGAGCCGUGGGCAUAUGCAACAGAUGGCGCCAAUGAUAUGUCUGAGCGCAUCACUAUGUGCUGGUUCUACUGCCGUCAUUUCGAUCAUCCUGAUGUCAACUAUUACGCUUAUCCUCUCGACAUAUGUGCCGAGAUAUCGGAGCAACUGCAAGUUCUUCGAGUCUAUCGCCUGCCUGGAGCAAAAGAUGAAAAGAUUAAUAACGAAGAUCGCCCUUUUGAUCGCCGCAAAAUACAUGAAGCGUCAUCCAGCGAAUACCAUCCUGAUCUACGGCCCAAGCCACGAUCAACCACAAAGCCCUACCAGGUGAUACAGCCAGACGGCCCGUCGUUUCAGAUUCAAGGCAAUCUGCUGAACUGGGAGAAAUGGAGUUUUCGCGUCGGUUUCAACUAUCGAGAGGGCCUGACGCUCCAUGACAUACGGUAUGAUGGCCGGAGUCUUUUCUACCGCCUCUCCCUGGCAGAAAUGUUUGUUCCUUACGGCGACCCACGAGCUCCAUAUCCACGAAAGGCUGCUUUCGACCUCGGCAACGAUGGUGCCGGCAUAAACGCUAAUAACUUGCAGCUUGGCUGUGAUUGUCUAGGUACCAUCACGUAUUUUGAUGCUUGGCAUAAUACGCAAUCCGGAGAGCCUAUGAAGCUGCCCAAUGUUGUUUGCUGUCACGAACAAGAUGACGGAAUCCUAUGGAAGCACACAAACUUUCGUACUGGCAAUGCAGUCGUUACUCGAUCGCGCAUCCUCGUGUUGCAGACGAUCAUCACAGUCAGCAAUUAUGAAUACAUUUUUGCGUUCCAAUUCGCUCAAGAUGCAUCCAUAUUCUAUGAAGUUCGGGCAACUGGCAUCCUGUCCACCGUGCCGCAUCACCUAGAUCAAAAAGACAACGUUCCAUAUGGCACAGUAGUCGCACCAGGCGUGUUGGCGCCGUAUCAUCAACACCUAUUCAGUCUUCGGAUUGAUCCAGCCGUCGAUGGUCAUCAAAACACGUUGUUGAUUGAAGAAUCUCAUCCUUUGCCAAUCGAUGAUCCGGCAAUCGAUAACCCCUUUGGAGUGGGUUAUCACACUGUGAAUCAGUACGUGGAGAAGGAGGGCGGUUUCGAUCUGGAUAUUAGCAAAGGCCGCGUCUUCAAGUGUAUCAACGAAAACAAGAUCAACCCAAUCACGGGAACACCCGUCGGAUUCAAGUUGCUUCCACAGCCGAGCCAGAUGCUACUUUCACAUGCAGACUCGUAUCAUGCAAAAAGAUCUGAAUUUGGCCGGCAUGCUGUCUGGGUCACUCAUUAUGAAGACGACGACCAUUUCCCAUCGGGUAGAUAUACGAUGCAGUCUUCUGGUGGCGAUGGCAUUGCUUCAGGUAUUCAGAAGAGAAAUGCCAUGGGCUCUUCUAAAUCCGUUAGGAACGCAGAUAUUGUCGUUUGGCAUACUUUUGGAUCAACACACAAUCCUCGGAUUGAAGAUUGGCCUGUUAUGCCGAGUGAGAAAAUGACGGUAGGUCUCAAGCCAGUGAACUUUUUUACAGGCAACCCGGGCUUAGACGUGCCUGUGUCGACUCAAGACAAGAAUAAGAGUGUUUUAUACACAGGAGAUUCAGAGCAGAAAGCAGAUGCGUGCUGUAUCUCUGGCGUGUAA